AUAUGAGAAAAGUCUAUCGAUGAGAACGGACGUACUUUUUGUCGCGCUCUCCCAAAAAUUGGAACCAACACAUUUCUACACGCAGUGCUCAUACAGUGCAGUUGAAAUUCAAUUUUCAAAGACGUUACAAACAAAUUCGUCGACGAAGAAAAGUGAAGUUUUGUGUACAACACCAAGUGAAGUGAACAAACCAACAGCAUUUUGGAUUAUUGCCGAUAUUUCCAUGGAUUUUUUUUUUUUUACUAACAAUCAAGAAGGAGAAUAGUAAAUUGGUGCAAGUUUGAGAAAAUCAAAGUUUUGUGCAAGAACUAGAACAAAGUGACACUUAUUUGGUGCAAGGAAAGCAACGAAGCUAAGUUUAGACAAGACGAAAAUAGUGCACGACAAAGGAAAAGUUUGAAUAAAGAACAUUUGAGUGGAAACGAAGACAUUUUCAAGAAGAAAAAGUGAAUUUUUUGAACGAAUUUCCGAAGUUUCAAAAGGAUUUAUAGUGAGAAACCGAAGAAAAAGACGAUUUUACCAAGAGUUUGAUGAAAUUGAACUGCAAUUAUAAGAACAAUGAGAAAAAAUUGAAUUGUUUUCAUACGAAAAAGUGAGAAAAAUUGAACUGAAAUUGAACAUUGAACAGUUGAACCAGAAAUUGAUCAAGCAAAAAAUUGCUAAAGAAAGACAGUGAACCCAAGGAAAAUUUGGCACAAAAAAUCAAAGUGAAAUCUGCACAUUUCCAUCAUAUUUCGCAAAUUGAUGGUUUAUUAUGGGAUUAAUCAACUGAAAUAGCUGAGCAAAACGAAACAGUUCGAACAAACCGCAGCACAUUAGCAACAUUUUGUGAUUAAACCGUUGAAGUCAUCGUGAAUCUGUCAACAUGUUGAAGUGGACCAAACGUGCCGAACCGGGUGGUUCUGGUGACGCAGGUUCAAAAUUAUCCACACUUCUCUUAGCCCCACAACAGAAUACCAGUCAAAGAAUACAUGCGCGUCGUUCACUCGGGAAUUUAUCGCGUCCAGCUCGUACAGCAAAUCGUGAGCGUCAACGAAAAUCAUUAGGAUCGUCGGAAAUAACGAAGCGAAUUCAAAACCGUGACAAAGAGAAUCAGUUAAUCUUAACGCCACAUCCGAAUGGAUUUCGUCAAAAUAUCACAAGCACUCCAGUCGUUGCAUUUGGAUCGAAAUUAGACUAUGCAUUGCGAGAUGUGCGAAACAUAACGCCAAAACAGAACUCAAAUUCAAUAUCUGCGUUAUUGAAUGCGAUGACGCCAAGCCGCAAGCGGCCAUUGGCCAAAACACCACCCGGUUCACCAAAGGUGGAUCGUGUAAUUUGUUCAUCGCCCAAAGAAUCGGCACUCGCUCCAAACGCGGCUGUGAUAACCCAACAGACACCAUAUGCAUCGACAUUGCCAACAUUUGAUGUGGAAUAUUCGCCGUGCGGAGCCACCCAACCAAUUUUGUCCAGUGCCAUGAACAGCAUCACCGUCACCACCGAUUCAUUUUUCAAUGCGGCGAGAUACUUUCAGGAGCCGUUUCCGGCAUCGAAGCGACUGAAAUUCUCACCCACCGGUAUGACACCGCUGUCAUCCCGGCUCACCGAACUGCGGUUCAGUAAAUUGAAAUUCGGCGCCAAAAAAUCCACCACCAGCACCAGCGCUGCUGCUGCUGCCGCUAACAAACAAACAAAGACUGAAAAAAUCGCUGUGAAAGAAGAACCAACAUCAGUCGAAAUGGUUGGGGAGAGUGGCAAUAACAAUAACAACGACAUGAAUAAAAAUCAAAAUGAAUGUGUCGUUGAUGAUGCGAUUUUGAUGAAGAAGCCCGUAGCAAAAACGGUGCCAAAAAUGCAAAUUCCAUCGACCGAAACAUCGCUCAGUUCGUCCGCUUUGGACGACACCGCAUUGGACAAAAUGAUUGAUGCAAUCUUGGAGAGUGCUCGCAAAGAACGGCCGUCCAUUGUUCGGAAUUUGGCACCACGUAAAAUCCAUCAGGCGCUCAUGCAAAUGGGCUCCGAUUCACCAACAUACACACCAGCCGAAGAUCCAGCCAGUGAUUUGAAUAAAUUUUGUGAUAAUUUCCAAAUUUCACCCGAUGAAUUGAUUGCCGAACGCACAAUCAUCCUUGAAGAACCGCAUGCUGUGAACGAACGCGAGGUUCGUACACCCGAACCACUGAUGGCAAAGCAAAGGAAAUCGAGAAAAGCAAACAAAUCGAAUGGAAAGAAAGCAAUUAAUAGCUGUCAUUUGAAGCGACAACGUGCCGUCCGAAGAAAACACACCAAAUGUGAUCAACAAACACAACCGAAAUCCGAGCCCAUGAACAUCGACGACAAUUUGUCAACGGAACAAAGCGAAUCAUUGAAACCAGAUACUGAAACUGAAACAUCAGAAAUCGCCAGUCCAAAGACACCAUCCGACAGUGAUUUUGUGAUGAGCUCGUUUUUCAAGAAGACCGCCGAUGAAUUAGCCAAUAUGAAUACACCAGUUAUUGAUUCAAGCGAUGCUAAUGUUACUUAUGCUCAACAACCACACUGUGGCAUCACAUCGAUUAGCUCGAAAAUGUCAUCGGACAGCACCCCAUGCAUUCAUACCAAUGACUUGCAAGCCAGCUCAACACCAACACACAUUGAAACGGUUAAUGCCAUCCGGAGAUGUCUCACUUUUUCCGAUUCAUCACCAAACGGAAAUGGUUCGUCAACGACCGAUGACUCAUUGGAAAAACGCAAAUCAACCGCCUCAUCCACAAAUUCCAUGGCUUCGAUGUCAAAUCUAUCGAAUUCGGUUCGCAACAACAACGCCGUCAACGGAUCAUUGGAUCUGUCCAUUUUCUGUGAAAAUAACAAAAUUCAUAUUCACGUUAUUCGAUGCCGUGAUUUAUGCCGAUCAAAUGGUGCACCAGUCAAUGCUUAUGUUAAAGUUGCCGUUAUCUCAGACACCACGUCAAGCAGUGACAAUGGAUUCCAGCGAACGGCUGUCCAUCGUAAUUCGCAUCGUCCAUACUUCGACCAUCGAUUUACAUUUGAUUUAUGUGGCAAUGAAUCGGCUCGCAUUCAAUUGGCUGUUUGGCAUCGAGACCGUGAAUUCAAACGCAGUGAAUUCUUGGGAUGCAUAUCGAUACCGGUGAAAACGGUGUCGUCAUCAUCGUCGAAGGAAAUUAAUGGCACAGUUAAAUUGCAACCGAAAUCGUGUCUAACGGUAAAUCCACUGCCGAUAGCAAUGUGCGAGAAUUCCCAGUCAAGCGUUGAUGAGGCCAUCAACAAUGAUGAUGGUAUCGCUGGUACGCCGUUGACCCUGUCGAAAAAAGCGAUUCAUCAACGUGAUGCCGAUGAAAAUUUAUUUUUACGAUUUUUGGAAUUGGAUGCACCGGCUGAAUCGACGCCAACUCCAUUACGAACCGGUGAACUUCAAACUGGUCGUACACCGUUUACGAUAACGAAAAAACUUACACGAACGGCUGAAAAAGGCUUUGGAUUCUCAAUUGUAUGGACACAUCCGCCGCGCAUUGAAAAAGUUGAAGCUGGACUGUCAGCAGAUCGUUGCGGCAUUCUUCCCGGUGACUAUAUGAUAUUUGUGGAUAAGCACAAUGUCGUGACCAUGCCCGAAAUGGACAUUCUCAAUCUGAUCAAGAUUCAAGGCAACACAUUGGCACUGGAGAUUUUCCGACGAUCGAACGCGACACGACCAACUUUCGCAAAUGCCAUCGCCAACAGUGCUUUGUUUAGUGCAACCAGUCUUACUAGCUCAAUGAAUACAACAAUUGCAACAACGGCUGCAGCAGAUGAAGCCUCAUCCGAAUUUGCAACGCCAAAACAAUCGACCAGCUCAUUGGCUACUAGACCCAUGAGCACUUGCUCCAACAUUUCAAUCACAUUGGAGUCAACGAAACGACGAUUGCAUCUGCCUCAGGUCACGUUUAGCAAAGAGGUAGGCUGUGGUGUCAUUGUUUAAGCUAUUGCAUGUGGUUCUCUAAUGAGAGUCUCUCUCGCACAAGCAUUCAUCCAACAUGCUCUCUUUUUCGCACCAUAGCAGUGAGAGAGAGAGAGAGCGCAACGGAUACACACAAAACAGGGUUCAAACACAUCUCGUUCGUUUUAAGUUUAUUAUUUUAAUGUCGUUCUUAAGUUUUCGUUCUAAUUUAAGUGUUAAUCUUUAAGUUUUCCUCGUUUUUUCCAUCAAUCUUCAUUUUUCCGUUUUUUUCUUUCUUUCUUUUGUUUUUCUGUUUCAUUCUGAUGAUUAUUUAUUUUGUAAAUAAAAUCAUCAUCAAUGUUUAUUUUCUGUUUAACUUUUCGUUUUCGUUUCCAUUUUCAUCAUUUAAUUUAUUGUAAAUUAUUUAUUACAUCACACCAAAAGACAUACGCUUCUAGUUGUUAGUUGAACAUUUUGUUGCGAAGAAAAAAAGAGCGAUGCAUCAUCAUUAUUUUGACUGAUGGAAAGUGGCCAACAAUGCCACUCUAAAAUACUGGAAAAACGAAUCCAACGCACAUUUGAAGCUGAACAGCUUUCAAAAUUGAAAGCGAAUCGGAGGUUGACUUGACUGAAAAGAAAAACCCAAGCAUCAACUUUCAUCCUCGGUCAAAAUGAUGGCGCUCUUUUUUAUUUGAACAAUCACACUUAGUUCGCCGCUAGUUUUCUUUUUCACUUUAAUUAUCAUUCUUAAGUUAAAUUCCAAAAGAGACAAAGUUAUUUAUUUGAUAUUUCAACAUUAAGAGAAGCCCAAUUAUGAAAUACGUAAUUUUCUGUUUGCAAUUUAUUGAAGAAGAAAAAAAAUUAUGCAAAAUUAAUUAAUUGUUUCCAAUGGCUAAUACACCAAAAAUGAACCAAUUUCGAUUUCUUUGGCUGUAAUUAAAUUUUAAUUGUGUUGGUGUUUGUUUUAUUUUUUUCGUCGAGCGAGUAAAUUUUAUCGAUUUUGGUCCAUUGUACAUACACAUUUAUGAAGAAGAGAAAAGAAUUCGUUUUUUCUUCGGUUGAACAUUCAUCAUUGUUUCGAAAGAAGUUUAAAAAAAUUAUUUCGUAUUUCAUAAUUUAUUUUAAUAACUCUUUUUUUAUUGGGAAAAGAAGAUGAGAUUCACUGAAACGGAAUCCACAUUUGCAUUCGUUUGCCUUUUUCGUUUGUACUUUCAUGUUUUUUCUUUGCUAAGUGAAUUAACAGCUAAUUUAGACGCAAAUCCAAAAUACGUAAUUUAUUAUUUCAUCCAAAUGUUUGUUUCGAAGUAGUUCUUUAAGUCCAAUUCCCUUGUAUAAUUUCGAGUUUUUCUUCAUUUAAUUUUAAGCUUCUUUUGUACAUAAGCGAUUCGAAGAAAUAAAAAUUUAUUGAAAAAUUAA